AUGGCCUCAGCACAAGAUGCCAGGUUUGGCCAGAAGGACUCCUCUUCUGACCAGAACUUUGACUACAUGUUCAAGUUGCUGAUCAUUGGCAAUAGCAGUGUGGGAAAAACAUCUUUCCUGUUCCGCUAUGCGGACGACUCCUUUACAUCUGCGUUUGUCAGCACAGUUGGCAUCGAUUUCAAAGUAAAAACUGUAUUCAAAAAUGAAAAGAGAAUCAAGCUUCAGAUUUGGGACACAGCAGGCCAGGAGAGAUACAGGACCAUCACCACAGCCUAUUAUCGAGGGGCCAUGGGCUUCAUUUUAAUGUAUGACAUCACAAAUGAAGAGUCCUUCAAUGCAGUACAAGAUUGGUCAACUCAGAUCAAAACAUACUCUUGGGAUAAUGCCCAGGUUAUCCUGGUUGGAAAUAAAUGUGACAUGGAAGAUGAACGAAUCAUUUCCACUGAGAGAGGCCAGCAUUUAGGAGAACAGCUUGGGUUUGAGUUUUUCGAAACCAGCGCCAAGGAUAAUAUCAACGUGAAGCAAACCUUUGAGCGCCUUGUGGACAUCAUCUGUGACAAAAUGUCAGAGAGCUUGGAGACUGACCCAGCCAUCACCGCGGCAAAGCAGAGCACGAGACUCAAGGAAACGCCUCCCCCGCCGCAGCCCAACUGUGGCUGCUAA